AUGACUAAGGUGUCGAUGCUUUUCACGGUGGCAGGUAUCAUUCAGUACAAACACAGGACUACGGGAUUGCAUCGUCCUUGGUUCAUGGUCGACUACAAUCGGUCACGACAUGUUCCGACGGGCAAAGUGCACGAAGAGAUUGUGCUCCGCGUUACGAAAAAUUGGUGGCGACAUCCUUUCCUCGCUCUAGUAGCAUCUGGCGAAGUAAAACGUUGGAUUGUGGCCACUUCAAAUAUGAGGCCGGGUGAUAUUAUUCGAUCUCACGUGGAUAUUCCUCUCAUUCCGGUGGAUCCACGCAAUGGCGACGCACAUCCAGUUGGCGCUUUGCCCGUUGGGACUACAGUUUGCCUAGUCGAAUUAGAACCAGGUAUGGGCGCAGUUCGAUGUCGAACGGCCGGAACUAGUGCCACGGUGAUUCGACGAGGCAAACUUGUUGGAGAUCCGACAGCAUUACCACCGUCCGAACUGAGUGCAGACAAUUUGAACGACCUGACGGAUGAUCAUGUGGUCAUGCUCCGACACAACGGAGACCGCAAGCUGUUCAGAGUGCUACCCAAUUGCAUGGCUGUUGUCGGUCAGGUAUCAAACGAGGAUCAUAACAAACAGCGUUACUCGAAAUUUGGCGAAAAGAAAUGGCGCGGAAUCAAACAACGCAGCGGACUAUGGCAACGUAAAACAGGUCGAUUUGGGCGCAAAAUCUAUCCUAUCGGACCUCCACUUGAUUAUGUUGCUCCUUCUGCCCCCGAAAGCAAAUUGAUCCUGAAGUACACCCGACCGGAGGAUGCAGAAUAUACCAGAGCCAAACAACGUGAACUACAUGCUCUGCUCCAUCCGGUCCCCGGAAAACCCCGUCCUCAACCAGUCCCACGGGAACAUAAUGGGUUACCUACUUCCCAACCUUUAUUCCGUUGGUGUUCUUGGUCUUAUGUUCGAUGA